GCACAUUCACAGCUGAACUAGUUCAAGACAUGAUCGACAAGUCCAUCACAAAAGCUAAUGCAGCCCUGAAAGAGGAAAUUGGAACGGAAAUUCAAGAAAUACGGGACGAGCAGAAGAGACAUCGCAAACAGAUGCACAAAUUCAGUGGGACGCAAAAAAGCAUACUGGGAGGACUUGGCGAGAUAUUGGGCAUAAUGAAAG